AUGAAACCCCUAAUUGAACUCGGAAGCAACGAGAGGGCCGGCUGCAGCAGUGCCAAGGCGGACUCUGCCAGCAGCAACAGCAACAGCAGCAGCAGCAGCAGCAGCAGCCGCAAACGCGCCCUCGGAUGCUGCAUGUUUUUUGUUUGUUUGUGCUCAUUCAUUUUCCCUCUUUUGUUUGUCUACGCUGCUGGAGACCCUGCAGAACAUCUUCAUCCUGCCUGGGCUGCAUGUGCUGCUCUUGCGGAGCCUGGCGCACCUGCGGCUGUCUCUAUUGAAGCUUAUGCUGCUGCUGCACUGCAGCAGAAGCAGCGGCAUAAGCAGCAACAGAAGAAGGAGGAAAAUCAGCAGCAGAAGCAGCAGCAGCAAGUAGAGUUGUGCCUUGGCGCAGCAUGGGUUGCUGCAUGCGUUCGAGACGUUGUUGGGCCUUUGUUUGACUUGGGGUUUGAAGCGCAGCUGCAUUUCUUUGAAUUAUGCGAUCCUGAAGGAGAGCUCCCUCUGGAAGAACCAAUUAGGUGCACGCGGCUGCUGGCUGAGGCUGGGCUCGACAGCCCUGGGAGUCCUCACUACGACUUUUGCAGGUCCUGGAUGGAGGCGAAUGCCCUGAGGCCUAAGGAAAACUUCAGCACCGUCGCUCUCUUUGGGGCUGCAUGCGUUUUAGUGGCGCUGCUGCUGCUGGAGGCCGUAGCGCGUCUCUCGUGCUGGCGCUCGCGGCUUCGUCGGGAAGCCAAAGCUGAACGGCUAGCUAGCUAG